GUGGGGACGGUGGCCUCGAUGCUUGCGUGCCCGGUCCCGCUGCUGUCACUGGCGCGGACGCCCGCGGCACCCGGCUCGCGGGAACCUGUUUUCUGGCCCCGCUUUGCCGGCUCCGGUUCUGCGGCGCUCCGAGUCUUCUGAAAUCUGACCCUCCCCGGGGUGCUGUGACCCGGAGAGAAGAAACCUUACUCGCUGUGGGCUCCAGGCCCCGGCUGUGCCACACCCGCGGAGGGGCCACUGGAGCCACUCUCGUCCCUGUGCCCUUGGGCCACUCUUGGAUACCACGGCCCUGUCUCUGUCCAACAGAACUCGCUGCAAAAAAACUUCUUUCUGCGGGUGCCCUGCCUCCCAGAUACAUAAGCAAACAAGAAAGGAAAUCCCAAGAACCUGGGCUUGGAUUCCAGCUUGGGAUCAUCCUGAACUAGGGAAAAGGAAGGGAAGAAAACAGGUUAAAGCUGCAGCUAGGGGCUGGCCCUGUCACCAUUUCCUUAGGGAAUGCAGGCAGGCGACAGUUAUCCACACCUUCCUUUGCUGUUUGGACAGCAUUUCCAAAGGUUUUUCUGUAUUUCCCAUCCCUUUCUUGACUUGAAUUUCUUCCAAUGAGCAAAUCCAGCCGGCCCAGACAGCUCUUCAGAAAGGCUUCCGCAGAGGACUUUUCUGCCGAGAGAUGAUAGGGAAUUGGGUUUGAGACAGGUGUCCAGGUACUGCGCCGGACUUGAGACCUGUUGGAGUGCUUGCCCAGGCAGCCAGAGGACAAGGAAGGCUUGUUCUGUGAAGAAGGGCAGUUGGUGCCCCGGGCAUUUAAAAGUGAAAAGGACACAGGGGCUGAAAUUCAGAGGAAAGCUAAAAUCGAAGUCUCCCCUUCUUACCACUCUAUUCUCCUUUCCUUUCUCAUGAGAAGUCUCUGAAAGGGAGAACACAUAAACUGGUCAUCAGCCCAGGAUGUAGCCAUGAGGCUCCAAAGCCAUCUUUGGGCUUCAAAGAUUAAAGAGCAAUUUGUUCUUCCUGUACAUUGUGCUUAGAAAUCUUUUGUCAAUGAAAAAUAGACUAGGAAGUAAGCGCCCCAGGGUCAGUGGGAGCCUUCCCCAGAUCCUGGGUAAUUGAAUGACCACGGGAGCCAAAAUAGCUACCGAAACCCUAACCUCUUCUUGGGAGAUUUUUGGUGGCUCUGUCUACUUGAGCAGUGGAUAAGAAUCACAAAAAUAGAUGGCCAAGCAGGAAGUUGUACUGCAGUCAUUCCCAAAUGAGACCUGUCUUGUUCUAAAAAUGUUCAAAGAAGAAUACAAGCUUGGUCAUAUGCUCUGUAGGACUGAGUCUUAAAAAACAACAAAACAAAACAACAAAACAAAAAACUAACUCACCUAAAUCUCUUUAUUGUGCCCCAAACCCAUUUUUUCUAUUUUGUACACAGAGAUGGUUACAGGUGGUGUGACUGGUCAGCCUUCUGUUGCUUGACAAGCCAAAACUGUCCGGUGAUUUUAGCUUUUCUAAGGGCUGUGUUUCCCAUCCCUUUCUUGACUUGAAUUUCUUCCAAUGAGCAAAUCCUGGCUUCUGCAUACGAUUCUUGGAGUUGGUUACAUUUUUUUUUUUUAAAUGAUGUCCUGUGACUAGUGCCUGUCACACAAGUGUGUCUUUGCAUUUCGGACCACUGGGCUGUUAAUUGCCCCCAAGGUUGUGUUAAUAACACUGCUUCCCAGGCUUCCAUCUCUUGUCCACGCUCUGUUCUUUCCUCCUUCUCCAAUUAAACUUCAGCCCCUCACUGGCCUGCAGUUUCACCCCUCAGUUAGGACCAUGCUGGGUACCUAGACCCCACUUUCUAGCUCACCAGGUUACUUGUCUUGCUGCUGUGUGUCUACCAGUUCUCAUUUCCUGCGUAAGAGUGACAGAUCAUAUGUUCCUUCGCUGAGGCUUUUCUUAAGGGAGACGCUAUCUGGUUCAGCGCCUGAAAGAAAGAACAGGUGCUCAUGACAGGCCACACACCCUGGUGGGGCUUCUAAAUCAGUUGAUGAGAUCGUAAUUUGUGGCAUAGAAUCUCUAGGUGCGAUCGCGCACCCAUCUUUGCUGAAAGCAUUUCUUCCUGCAAUCCCCCCCCCCUCGCAGGGGUCCCCAAAAUGACAGCGCCUUGACUGUGUAGCCCCGGUCAGUUCCUUAGUUCCUCCAGAAAGGUGUUGGCUCACCACACCAUGAACCAACGACGAGUUGGUUGCAAGUUCGUCUUCUGUCGGGCUCCUCUUACCGUUUCAUCCUUGGCCUUGGGAAGUGUCCUCGGGAAUGACCUUUGGUGUGUCACCCCCUUCUGUGACUGCUGUUGACGUGUUCCAGGUCACAGUCUGCACUUGCUGCAGAGAUGCUUUCUGAACAGACUGCAGCCCUGGGUGCAGGAUGGGAGUCAGCGAGCAUACAGCUGGGUGGAGCAGAGCCCCAGGUGGACAGAGGAAACCGGGAAGGCCCAUGGAGAACAGCACCAGGGCCCCUGGAGCACCUUCACUGUGGUCCUGAAGAGGAGCCACUGUCCCUUCAGGAGAAGGCUCAGUCUGCUCCCUGGGUUCCUGCCGGCCCCCAGGAGGGGAACACUGGAGACUGGGAAAUGGCAGCCGCCCUCCUUGCGGCCGGAUCCCAGGGCCUGGUAACCAUCAAGGAUGUAUCACUGUGCUUCUCUCAGGAGGAGUGGCGGAGUCUGGAUCCCUCUCAGACAGACUUUUAUGGAGAAUACGUCAUGCAGGAAAAUUGCGGGAUUGUCGUCUCUCUGAGGUUUCCGAUCCCCAAACUGGACAUGCUUUCUCAGCUAGAGGGAGGAGAAGAACAAUGGGUCCCUGACCCCCAGGACCUAGAAGGGAGGGAUAUCCUGAAGGUCACAUAUACAGGAGAUGGAAGUGAACAUGAGGGUGAUACUCCUGAACUAGAGGCAGAACCUCCCAGAAUGUUAUCCAGUGUAUCUGAAGAUACUGUUCCCUGGAAUCCAGGGCAGGAGCAGAGCUGGGAGUCCAUGCCCAGGGCCUCUAGGGGAAUGCUCCCAAGGCCACCCUUUCUUCAGGAAGACAGCUUCUCAAGCCUUCUGUGUAGCUCUGGGAUGGAUUCUCUCUUAAAGCCCCAUACAUGCCCUCAGUGUGGGAAACAGUUUGUAUGGGGCUCCCACCUCGCCAGGCACCAGCAAACACACACUGGAGAGAGGCCCUACAGCUGCCUCAAGUGUGAGAAAAGCUUUGGGCGAAGGCAUCACCUGAUCAGGCACCAGAAGACCCAUCUACAUGACAAGCCAAGCAGGUGUUCUGAGUGUGGCAAGAAUUUUCGAUGUAACUCCCAUCUGGCCAGCCACCAAAGAGUGCACGCAGAAGGCAAGUCCUACAAGGUCGGAGAGAGCCCCGCGGCCGGGAAACAGCAGCCUGCCCCCCCAGUGCCCAAGUGCCACGUGUGCACCGAAUGUGGGAAGAGCUUCGGCCGAAGGCACCACCUCGUGAGACACUGGCUGACCCACACCGGGGAGAAACCCUUCCAUUGCCCUCGCUGUGAGAAGAGCUUUGGCCGGAAGCACCACCUGGACAGGCACCUGCUGACCCACCAGGGACAGAGCCCCGGGAGCAGCUGGGACAGAGGGACAUCUGUCUUUUGAAACCUGUGUCUUCUGUAGCUAUGGUCAAAUCUGUCAGCCGGUGCUACCAGCAGCCACUGCCAGAGCUGCCCCUCUCCAGGACCCCGGUGGCCGGAGUGUGUCUCGCCAGUUCGUAUGAAAACAGAGUUCCUUGGGCAAAAUUUUGGGGAACAGUGCAAAGUGUGUGUGUGUGUGUGUGUGUGUGUGUGUAUGUGACUAUUCAGUUUGAACCCACUGUCAAGGGUCCAGUGGAGCCAGCAGUGAGGGGUGAGGCCCGUUCUCGUCGGUUGGAGUCUGUGUCGUAUCAGUUCCUAAAUAUUUACACAUCACCCUCAUGUGCUGAUUGUGCCCCCUUCUACAGAGAGGGGGAGUGAAAGGGACCAUGUCAGUGUAGCAAGGGCUCUGAGAACUUCUAGUCAAUUGCUCGGUGUCUGUUAAUGCAGCGUCUCCUGCAUUUAUCUGGCCUCAGUAUCUACUUCACAUCCUCACAUGCGACUCUGUGGAACGCGCUUCUGUAAGCGCUGUGUGAAAAAGUAACCAGGAAACAAGAAAGAGACCGGUGACUAGGCGCUCAGAGUCCCCGUUUUUAUCUGUGAAAGCAAGGGGGCGACAUUGUUGUGUGGGUCUGUCGCCUUUCCCCCAUCACUACAUGCCUCUCACCCUACCUCUGAAAAAUUCACUGACCUUUCACUUCCUGUUCCUAGUCCACUCAUUCUGUACACACACACACACACACACACACACACCACAUCACACACACCACACACACAUCACACACCACACCACACACACAACACACCAUACACCACACACACACACCACA